AUGAAUUCAUCAGCAACUAACAAUAAUAAUAAUACAACCAAUAAUAUAUCGUCAAGAUAUAAUUUACCUAAAUUCACAAAUAUACCAUCUCAAGGACAACAACAACAACAUGGAUAUCAUCAGCAUCAGCAUCAAUAUCACAACCCCCAUGCUGCUCAUAGUUACAGGGUAUCUUCUAUAGAUACAUCCACAGGAACAAUUCAACUUCCUGCAAGUAAUACAUCAAUGUUUCUAAAUCCUAAUGAUACUUCAUUUGCGCAUACCACAAGAACCAUAAGUUCUUCUUCAACAAUCAGUACACCGAGUAAUACCAAACGAUUCCAACGACAGAAACAUCAACAAUCUCAUGCGACACUGAAGAAGAAGUCAACAUCUACUUCCAAUGCUGCACAGAAGACAAAGAAUGGAAGAUUGAUCAAGACGAAAUUAUUGAAUUUGCAACUUAGGGACUUUGUAAUAUAUUUAUUACUUAAAUUUCUAGAAGUUUAA